AAAGAGAAAAAUACCUUAAAAUUCAUUAUUAUUUUAUUUUUGUAGGAAGUAUUUCGUGAAAAAAAAAACGUAUUAUUAUUUUUAAAAUAUUGAUAAUUUUAUUGGUUAUUAAACUAUUCUGUUAAUGUGAAUUUUUUUAUGAUACUUGAGAAAGUUUUGAGAAGUUGUAAGAAAAAUAUUUGAGAGUAUUAAGAAUAUAUAUGAAGUGAUACAAAAAAUCAUGAUUACCUUUCGAACUAUAUCUUCGGAGACAUAUAAAAAAAAUCAUGACAAGUUCCAAAUCUAUUAUGAUUUUUACGAUGCACCUUUCGGAAGAUGUAUUAUAGCUUUAACAGAUACCGACAAAGCUAUAUUGCAUUUUGCAUUUGUUGUUAAGGAUGACAUUGAUGCAUUGAAAGAUUUAGAAAAUGAAUGGCCUAUGUCAAAAAUACUAAAAGAUUCUAUUCAAAUGAUAAGUAAUAUUAUGAAAAAUAUUUUUAAUAUGAGCGAUGAAAAAGAAGAGGAAUCAAUAUUGAUACUUCUAAAGGGGACAGAUUUUCAAAUAAAAGUGUGGAAAGCUCUAAUGUCUAUACCAAAAGGUAAAACAACAACUUACGAACAGGUCGCUCAGAUAAUAAACAAACCGAAAGCUGUAAGAGCAGUUGCAACUGCUAUAGGAAAGAAUCGAAUAGCAUAUUUAAUACCAUGUCAUCGUGUUAUGGGAAAAGAUGGUAGUAGUAAAUAUAGUUGUGGAGUCAAAUACAAAGAAAGUAUUUUAUCUUAUGAAAGUAACACAUGUUAAUUUUUAUCAAUUAAUUUACUUAAUAAGAUCAAAUAAUGAUCUUGAUUUAUUUGUCUUCAUUUUCUCUUUACAAUAUAUUUUAAUAAAAAUUAAAAUUUUUAUUACCAUAGUAAGUUUAGCCAUAUUAAUUUUUUCUUUUUUUAUUGUAUUAGUAAAAAAAUCUUAUUGCUUUGUACACUAUGUGGUUACAAAAACGAACAGUUUACAUGUAGAUCUUUCCUUAUAUUAUAUUAUUAUAGGCUAAUAAAUAAAA